GAGAAGUGUAUAAAUCGGGAUUCUUUGCCAGCACGCCCUUCCAAAAUGCUUUAUGAACUAGUCGCCUUAACCCGUAUCUCUUCCCCUCUCCACUUGAACCAAGAGGCGAAACAGGUUGCCAACACCAUCGGGAAGUUGAUUAUCGAGAACAGAGGUGUGGUGCGAAAGGUGUACAGCUUGGGUGCCAAGCCGUUGCCUAGAAUCGUCAAGAAAGAAAACGAAAAGCACUUCCAGUCGUACAACUUUAUGAUGUUGUUUGACGCCUCCUCCAGUGCGUCUUCCGAAGUGGCCAGGGCCAUGAAGGCCGAUCCGAGAGUCAUCAGGGGGAACAUCAUCAAGGUCCAGAAGGAAAACGACUUCUUCACCAACCAGUUCUCCAUCGACAGAGUCGCGGACCCAUCCAAGAGAUACACCUAACCCCUUGCUUCUUCUGCUGGUCUGGCCAGCAACAGCUUUUGAAGCCUCACCAUCUGAGUACGGCCCUCAUGGCCGGUCCCAUAAGCCGAUAGUGCCCCUCGUCUCGUAUAUAGCUUCGCUUGCUUUUCUCCCUGUAUAGUUUAUGAUAAAUCUGAAAGUAGACGUGUAGCGGGAUAAAUUGGCCUUUGGAAGUUUGUAAACUAUACCCAGUAGAAAGUAGGGGAUCUAAGCGGUUUGUGGCAAUUUUAUCAAAAGCCCAGGUC